CGUUACUAGUCCCAAUCGGGUUGCUUCCGCACCACAGCAAAGGUUAAGCUUUUUGACUGAUACAGGGGUAAGGAGCGCCAGGAAACGACAUGAGACACCGAAAAGCUGGAACGCUCGGGUUCGUAUGCUGCCCAUACAGCAACGAAAAAACGGAAGACCUGCUUUAGUGAAGCCAGGCGUCCGGGCGGAAGCAGCGUCUUUCCCGGAGCGGUGGUUUUGGCGGGUGUGUGCCUAGACAGCCUUGGGCUUGGCUGCGGGCAGCUGAGGGAGCAUCUUCACCUGGUGAGAGGGAGGAGGGGAACUUGGCGCAUACCUCCCGCCGCACCAGAGCACCGGAACCCAGCGCCCGCACUGCGGAAAAGGUUCUCUUAAUGCCUCGGAACAGCCAAGGUCUUCCGAGGGAAACCUUUAUUUUCUUAUCCUACGUUUGUCCUAAACGUGGACAAAUUGCACCGCCUUCCAGGGAAGUACUGUUUACCUGACCCGCAGAGCGCCUUUUGCUUCAAGACGUAUUUGAUGUGUCCAAUCUCUGAAUUCUGAUACGCUGCUGGGCACAGUAUUUAACACAAAACUGCUAAUUUGCUUUCUCAUUAAUUGGGCCGGAAAUACUAUUCUUUGCCUUUUCGGGUGUUGAUGUUGAAUAUGCCGUUUUAGUAUAUUAAAAUGGCUGUGCCUAAAGACGCCAUCCGUUCCUUGUCGGAUUGCCUAUGCGGGAUCUGCGUGGAAAUCUUGAUCGAGCCCGUAACACUGCCUUGUAAUCACACGCUCUGUAAAGCAUGCUUCCAAUCGACUGUCGAAAAGGCGAAUUUAUGCUGUCCCUUCUGUCGCCGCCGGGUCUCGUCGUGGACUCGGUACCAUACCCGAAGAAAUUCUCUUGUCAAUAGAGAACUGUGGGAGAUAAUUCAAAAACACUAUCCAAAGGAAUGCAAGCUUAAAGCAUCUGGGCAAGAAUCAGAAGAAAUCGUUGAUUGCUAUCAGCCAGUUCGUCUGUUAAGUAAACCUGGGGAAUUGAGAAGAGAAUAUGAAGAGGAGAUAAGCAAGGUGGAGGCAGAGCGGCGAGCCAAUGAGGAAGAGGAAAACAGAGCCAGUGAAGAAUACAUACAUAAAUUAUUGGCAGAGGAGGAGGAAGAGGAAAAAAGACAAGCCGAGAAAAGGAGAAGAGAGAUGGAAGAACAGCUGAGAAGUGAUGAAGAAUUGGCAAGAAGGCUAAGCUUUAAUAUUAACAAUUUCUGUGAGGGAAGUGUCUUGGCUUCUCCUGUGAAGUCCAGAAAAUCUGAUCCAGUCUCAACCAAGUCGCAAAAGAAAAGUAACAAACAAAUAAGUACUGGAGAUAUUCAGAAGUAUUUGUCUCCUAAAUCUCAAUUUGGGUCAGCACCACAGCCUGAAGUUGUACAAGAAGGCAAGACACAUUCCAUGACUAAGGAAACUGACAGUAGUGAUACAAAGAGCACCACUGGGCAAGACACAGAAAUUGAGGAAGAUAUGCCAACACUUUCUCCUCAAAUAUGCCUAGAAAUUCAAGAACAAGGUACAAAGUCUUCAAUAGAAUCACCUAUGCCUCCGUUAUGUGCCAAUGGUACAGAAUGGUACCUUGAAGGAGAAGUCAAAAUGAGACCAAGCAGUCACGAUAAAGAGUUAUGUGUCAUAAACCAUGAGGGACCGAAAGCCAGAGUUCCCUCCUCUAGAGAAGCUGCAGUUAAGCCUUGUGGCAAAACAGAGAAUGGGAGCACUAUAUCAGAUAUGACACAGAUAAUUGGAAAUAGCACAGCUGAGACAGAAAAUGAAGAAUCUCGUCUACUGAUUAGUAAAGAAGAUAUUUCCAAAAGAAAAAACCAAGAAUCAUCUUUUGAAGAAGACAGGGAUCCAUGCUUUUCUGCAAAACGAAGGAAAAUGUUCCCUGACGCUUCCUCCGACGAAGAGGAAGCAGAAAUUGACUUUACCCAAAAACUGUUAGAUUUGGAAAAUCUACUUUUUGAGAGACAUAAACAAGAAGAACAGGACAGGUUAUUAGCAUUACAGCUUCAAAAAGAGGUGGAUAAAGAACAAAUGAAGCCAGACCGGCAAAAAGGAUCCCCUAAUGGGUAUCAGUUACGUGCUACGCCCUCACCUCCAGACAAAUUGCUAAAUGGACAGAGGAAGAAUUCCAAAGAUAGAAACUUAAAAGGACAAACUGAGCAUUCAAAAUGUCAGAGAGGCUCAAAAAAUGAAGAUUGGCAACCUUUUAAGAAGAGCCAGUUGAAACAUUCAGUUAAUGGAAGAAAGAUGCCAAAUUCUACUAGAGAUAAUUGUAACGUAUCUAAAAGUGCUCAUUCCCUACAGCCUAGUGAAUUCUGCCCAGUGGAGCCCUAUCAGGAAAUUAGAGAGAAGAGAGUAUGAUUGAGUGUUUAUCUCCUUAACUCCUCCGCAGGAUGACCCCCGUCUGGCUGGCUGGCUAUGGCCCCAACUGAAAGUCAUCUCCUGGAAGGUAGUGUUCUCCACAUAGAUUCUCUUUCCAGGUUCUGGUACCCGCUUCCUCUUCUCCACCCCUCUGAUCUAGAAGUCGUAACAGCUCUCUGGCAUUGCUACGCGGAACCAUCUUGUGCUUUCCCUAGACCAUGCCCACGUCUUUGUAAAUAAUCCCUCUUGUCAAAUUAUCCAGUUUAACUGGGCCAUCUAUUUUUUACCAGGCCCCUGGCUGAUACUGUUAGCUAGACAACAAAGCAUACCAGAUAUUAAAAGUCAUGGAUAUGUUCCAGAUCUUGAAAACUCAUUGAACAGUACAUUUAAAUUGGAUGCAUUUUUAUUGUAUGUAAGUUAUACCUCAAUAAAGUUGACUUUCUAAAAAUUAGUCCAUGAACUCUGUAACCUAUACCCAUUGGUUUCCAUGGGGCACUGAAUGAUACUUUGCAUAGUUCCCAUAGCACAAGAGAACCCUGCCUACAUGCUUCCCUGUGUCUCAAGAGAUCCCUGAACCAUUAGAAAAAUACCUAACGGAGAAAAAAAGACAAACCUUCAUGGUUAGCUCAAGUUAUUAUGCUAGUUUCACAUAUUUGAUCUGAAUAAAGGUAUGUUUUUAAAAGUUUGUAAUCUUAAGGUGCUAAGAGAGUUGUACCUCAGCGAUAGGUGUGCUUCUCUAAUUUCUUCUUCCUGUCUGUAAAUGACAGUCUUUAAAUUUACAGACUAUUGUCUAUUUCUUCUACUCUGUUAUCCCUCAUUUUAGCUAUUUUCAAGCAGUGAUUAUGAGGAAAGGACACAUAUUCACAUGUACUGUGACUGUCAUAUGGCCACCUGUUGUGUCCAAAAUAUUUAUUAUUAAUUUCAAUGACAGAUUUUCAGGCAUUGAAGAAAAGUUAAAAUUCAGAAUGUUUCUGGAAAUGCUGUUGAAAAAUGACCUUGCUGGGAUGAUGCCAGCAUUCAUUCUCCCUCUCAAGUCACUUUUUCCAGAAUUGUCUCAGCUUUUCAAAACACCUCUCCCGUCUAUGCAUCCCCAGGUUCUCAUAAAUGUGCAGAAGGGCUUCCUGUGGGACUAGGGGUCCAGGGGAGAAGGGAUGCGGGAAGAGUUUCAAGGAAGAAAGAGACCGUGAUGUUUUGCAUGUAUUGGUCUUUUAUAACUUGGACAUUAGUCAAAAACUGCACUAUUAAUGUCAUAUACUUUUGGGUAUAAAUGUAAGGAUAUUAAAUUCAGAAGCGAUUAAAUUCCUCCCCUCUCACUCUAAAGAAAUUAACUUGUUAUAUAUAUUUUUAAAAGUCCCAAUUAGAGGCAUCAAAUGCCUGGGUUUUGGAUUAAGAUACUCUUAUGAAUGACACUUAGGGCUCUAACUUAUUCUGACAUUAAUCUUUGUAAAAUGUGUGUCAAGAGCCUCAAGCUAUUCAAUUUCAUUCAUCUACUCUAAAUUAUGUCUUGUUUGGGGACAACUAUAGAGCUUCAACUAAUCAAAACUGAAAUAUAACCACCUAAAGGUAUAAGAUGAUACUAUUUCCAAGGGCCAACAUUUAUUGGAAACUAACUAUGGGCUGGGCACUGUGCUCAACAUCUCAUGUAACCCUUUCAGCAAUUCUAGGGCAUAGACAGUAUUAUUACACCUAUUUUAUACGUGAAAGAAACUGAAACUCAAAGAGAUUCAGUAAUUUUCUCAAAGUCAGAUAGAAGGAGGAGGCAGUCAGGAUGUGAACACAGGACUACCUGACUAGAGAAUGAACUCAGACUCAUUAUUCUAUUAAAAAAGAAAAUAAGCCAGGAAUAUCAUCUAUAAAGAAAAAAAGAAGAGAUUGUGUGCAGUUCUAGACACCUAAUGAGGCGAUGGUAUACCCCAUUUUAUAGAGGAAGAACCGGAGACCAGUGCAGUUGUCACUUCCUAAGGAGAUUCUGACAGUAAGUGGCUCUGUAUCAAGAUUGGAGUCUAAGACCCAUGUUCUUUCAAGCAAAAUGUGCUGUCUUGUUAAAUAUAAAUUAUAUAAAAUAAAUAUAAGGAUUAAAUGUACUUAGAUAACACCUGAAAUUAUAAAUCAUGUUUGUUUCUGGUGAUUAAAGCUGAGGGAUGGUAAGAUUUCCUGUCCUACAGAGGAAAAGAGUGAUGGACCUGGGCAAGCCUGCGGACACAGCGAAUGGUAGGUAGAGAAGAAUACACUGCAGGGAAGGAGAAGAGAGGCCAGAGAGACAGGAGGAAAAUCAGCAGCUUGAGGUCUUAGGUGACCCCAGUACAAGUGGAUUGGGUGCAGUGUGAGCAGAAAGCAGAUUGAAGUGCAUUCUGAAGUGAGUGGGAGGGAAGAACAUAGAAAUAGCUGUAUAUACAACAAUGUAGAGAAGCUGGGUUUUGAAAGGAGGUAGAGAUUAGGGUGUAGUAGCUAUUGUGGGAAGGCGAGAAAACUUGGGCAUAUUUAAGUGUCAGUAGAGAGGGUCCAGUGGAGAAGGAACAUUUUCAUAUUCACACCCAGGCAAAAGAAGGGAUAGGUCUUACAUAAUAGGAGAGAUAGCUUUUCUGUUGUGAGAGGGAAAGAGAAAACAGGAUGAGUGGAGUUGUGUGUAGAUUUGUGCGUUCAGUGGCCACAGGUCAAUGGACUUCUUGCCUGAUGGCUCCAGUUUUCCCAUUCUCAGUUGAGAGUGAGUAGGAAGGGUAGCUGUACAAGAUUUGGGAAGAGAGAAACACAGUAUGGACAUCUCAUCACCUCUUUGGAUUCCCUUGGUUUUACCGGCCUCUUAUUCCAGCCACUGCUAUAGCAACCAUUUCUGCCUGGGCUCUGAACAGCUUCAUGUAGUUGCCACCACAUAGCACCUGACCUCAAGCCUGUGCCAGGUGUCAGGUCUAGGAUUUGAUUUUACUCUAUUUACAGGCUUGGAAGUUAGCCUGUUAUUGUUGCAUAGAUGCUGGCAGAAGACCUGAGAUUCCUGGGUCAGAGAAAAGGAACUGUAUCAUUCAUGGCACAACAGGCCACAUGAGUAUCAUUUUUAUGUCCAUUCUUGCCAAGGAGAAGAGACAACAGAACUUGUUCUUGAACCUCUACAGAGGGUGCCAAAAAAAUGUAUACACA